CACACGCCGGUCGUUUUCUCCUCAGGAGAAGAAACUGAGGAGACGGAGGCGACCACACCUCGAGGGAGGCGGUUUCCAGUCAUGGACGAGCAAAGUGUUGAGAGUAUUGCUGAAGUAUUUAGAUGUUUCAUUUGUAUGGAAAAGUUGCGUGAUGCACGCCUGUGUCCACACUGCUCCAAGCUAUGUUGUUUCAGUUGUAUUCGGCGUUGGCUGACGGAACAAAGAGCUCAGUGCCCACAUUGUCGAGCUCCACUUCAAUUGCGAGAACUUGUCAACUGUCGUUGGGCAGAGGAGGUGACCCAGCAACUUGACACACUCCAGUUGUGUAAUCUGAGCAAGCAUGAAGAAAAUGAAAAAGACAAGUGUGAAAAUCAUCAUGAAAAACUUAGUGUAUUUUGCUGGACGUGUAAGAAAUGUAUCUGCCACCAGUGUGCACUUUGGGGUGGAAUGCACGGCGGACAUACUUUUAAGCCUUUAGCGGAAAUAUAUGAGCAGCAUGUCACAAAAGUGAAUGAAGAAGUGGCAAAGCUUCGUCGAAGACUCAUGGAGUUGAUAAGUUUGGUACAAGAAGUGGAAAGGAACGUUGAAGCGGUACGCAGUGCGAAAGAUGAACGUGUUCGAGAAAUCAGGAAUGCUGUGGAGAUGAUGAUUGCUAGGUUAGAUACUCAGCUGAAGAACAAACUUAUAACAUUAAUGGGUCAGAAGACAUCACUCACGCAAGAAACUGAACUUCUGGAGUCUUUGCUGCAAGAAGUAGAACAUCAGCUGAGGUCGUGCAGUAAAAGUGAACUGAUCUCAAAAAGCUCCGAGAUUUUAAUGAUGUUCCAACAAGUGCACCGGAAGCCCAUGGCCUCUUUUGUCACCACUCCUGUCCCUCCAGACUUCACAAGUGAGUUAGUUCCUGCUUAUGAUUCAACUACCUUUGUCCUGGAAAAUUUUAGCACUUUACGCCAGCGAGCAGAUCCAGUUUACAGCCCACCACUUCAAAUUUCUGGGCUUUGUUGGAGGCUAAAAGUGUAUCCAGAUGGAAACGGAGUGGUACGUGGCUACUAUUUAUCGGUAUUUCUUGAGCUCUCAGCCGGAUUGCCAGAAACGUCCAAAUAUGAAUAUCGUGUUGAGAUGGUCCAUCAAUCCACUAAUGAUCCUGCAAAGAACAUCAUUAGAGAAUUUGCAUCUGAUUUUGAAGUUGGGGAAUGCUGGGGUUACAACAGGUUUUUCCGACUGGAUUUGCUUGCCAACGAAGGCUAUUUGAACAGGCAAAAUGACACGGUCAUAUUACGGUUCCAGGUGCGUUCACCUACGUUCUUCCAGAAAUGUCGGGAUCAGUACUGGUACAUUUCUCAGCUGGAAGCUGCUCAAACAAGCUACGUUCAGCAAAUAAAUAAUCUGAAAGAGAGGCUUGCAAUCGAGCUUUCCCGGACCCACAAAUCCCACGGCGUCUCUCCUCCAGAUACUCACCUCAGCCCACAAAGUGAUGAUGGCCUGGAAACGAGACCGAAGAAAUCAGGACCGAACUCAGAAGUGCUUCUUGAGGCUGUGGCCGGUACAGCACCUCCCAGAAACACAAAACAAGAAGAGGAGGAAAAAGUGCAAUAUGAAGACUUUAAU